AUGUCAGGGGAUGAGUCAGAACCGAUUCAAAGCAGUGUGGAGCAAUCCACUGUUGAUGAGGGUAUGAAAAGCCUUCAUAUUUCCCUGGAAUUAGGUCGUCGCAAACGUGCAAGUAAACGGGAUACAACAAGAGUAAGACAUCAACUUGAAAAAUCAUUUAGUGUGUCAAAAGCAACGUUAAACAAAGAAGAGAUUGAGCAUAGGGUAGAGGAUUUGUGGUCGUCACUAGAAGAGACACAGAAUAUUAUGGAUGAAUUGUCUGUUUAUUACUUGGGGGAAAAGGACGGUGAAAAUCAAAAGGCGUUAAUGAAGGAAUCAAACGAACUAGAACUGGAAUGUCAACAAGCGAUCGAAAAGGCACAGGCUGUUCUGAUCUCAGGAUGUUUUGAAAGCAACGCUACAGUCAGUCAAGACAAUGAUAAUGACGAGGUAACUAAUGGUACCAGUUCUGCUGGGAGUAAUUUGAUUAACGAAGGACAGACACAACCCGCUGUGACCAGUAUCACUGAGCAACAAGCGAUGCAAGGCGCAAUAGGAACUAGUAUGAUACAGCAAACAGUGGAGCAGAAUCAAUCGAGUUCAUCAAGUCCAACACAUACACCAUCGUACACGGGAGGUUCAGUUCUAAACCGCCAUUUAAAACCACUAAGAGUACCUGAUUACAAUGGAAAUAAAGCAAAAUUUGAAGAAUUUUGGAGCCUAUUUGAAAGUUUAGUUGACAAAUCGAACGAGCCGGUGCAUCUAAAGAUGGCAAGAUUGCGACAGAGUUUGUCUGGUCGAGCUUUGGAAGCGAUUCGUGGUUUAGGAGUAUCAGCACCCGAGUAUGAUGAAGCGAAAGAAAUAAUUCAGUCGAAAUUUGGUGGGCAGCGACGUCAAUUGAGAGGUUACAUGGAUGAAUUAGAGAAUAUGCCGACUAUGCGUAACAAUGAUGUUAAUGCCUUUGAAAAGUUUGCUGACCUAGUUAGGGUAACAGUUGCGAAAUUGAGAGCUGAGAAUCGAGAAUCAGAAUUAGGAGAAGGAACUUUGCAUCGACAGCUUGUGAAGAAAUUAUCGGAUCGACAGUUGGAAAGUUAUAGUCGAUGGUUAAGCACUCACAGCAAGGAACAGUCUGUUAUAUGUUUGUGUGACUGGCUGAAGGAAGAGGUGACUAUUAAAGUGGAAGCUGCAGAAAUGGCUUAUGGUCUGGAGCAGAAAUAUGCUGAGUCAAAGGGAUACCAGAACAAGGGUGAUAAGCCAAGAUUUCGGUCAUACCGUACUGGAAAGCAGGGAAGCUAUGAGUCAUACCAACCAAAUAUGUCGGGAAACGCAGUGGAUGCAAAGCCGCCUUGUGCAUUUUGUGGUCGUACUGGGCAUGGUAUCUGGAGUUGCCACCAGUUUCAACAAAGACCAGUAUUAGAUCGCUGGAAAACUGCUAAAGAGAAACAGUUAUGUUUUCGGUGGCUUGCCACUGACCACCAUGGUAAAGAUUGUCGAAGGUCACGCCAGUGCAACAUAGGUGGGUGUCAACUUACACAUCAUCGAUUGCUUCAUGACCCAGAACACAAAAGCAACAAACCAGACCUUCCAGAGGAGAAGGUCGAGUUCAAAUCCCCACGGGAGGGGGUAAUGGAUGAAGCGAGAGUGGUUACCACGACAACUGGUGAAUCUAACCAUAAAGUACAGAUGCAUUCUCUGAGAACAAUCCCUGUAUGGAUAAAAGCAAAUGGAAAGAGAAUUAAGGUAAACGCAGUACUUGAUGAUGCUUCGAACGAAACCUUCCUAAACGAAGAAGUCGCCGGAUUUCUUGGGUUAAGCGGUAAAUGGCAAGAUUGGUCUAGGACCUGUAUAUGAGUUUGUAUGCAUUUCAUUUAGGACAGAUAAUCUCAACUGUUUUAGGGCAAGUUGACCAUGACGGUCAACAUGGUAACGCUGCCCGAACCCCAAUCCGGGACGAAACGUCCGAAACUGACCACACCCAAAAACGACGCUUUCGCCAUACUGCUAUCUACCAAACCAUAAAAGCUUUGGCUAUUCUGAGGUGCUUAUAUGGUUCAGAGAUAGUACUUUUGGGGUGGUCAUUGGUAAGUGUGAAAUGCCUAGCACUAAUAUUUCACAAGAAAAUGGCCAUGCAAUAAUCAUAGUUAAACGUCAAUUUGUGGCUUGCAACUUCAGAUAAACAGCAGUGGACUUACAUUACCUUUUUCCCCAAAUCUUUUUGAUAGAAACAUAAUUGGUACUUAUUUAAAUAUAUUAUCACUGGUUUGGUGUAAAUAGUUAAUAUUUUCUGACCGAAAUAAUAAUUUGAAAUGUGCCUACCUCCUGCAAAUGGACGUAUUUGGCCAAGUUCUCCACUUUACUCCGCUGUUUAUCGGCGAUCUCGUCGACAUCCUACAAAAAUGUAAAUCAUCUCAGACAUAAUGGUAUCAAGAACAUUUUAAAUAAGUUUCAACUUGGUUUCAAGUAGAUCAUACCUGUUUAACCAUCGACAAGGUAAAUCCACAACUUUGUCCAAAUUCGGCGCCAUUUUGUCAUCCCAUGUCGCUUGUUAACAAUUCAGUCUUGUUACUCUUCCAUCCAAGCCAUUUCCAUUCCACUAAUAAUAAAUUUAACCCUUUAUAACAGGAGGAAACUAAAAAUCUAAACAAAACAUAAGAAAUUCGCCAUUUUAUCACCCUGUAAAAUUUCGCUCACGAGUCUUUCAAAACAUUCCGUACAAAUAUCGCGUGACAAAGUAACAGGGAAGUGACAGGAGGGGGUGAAUUAUUUCACGAAGAUAGAAGAAGGCUGCGUGAGAUAGACUAAAAGCUAAAUACAAUCAUACAAAUGUUUGUUUUAUUUCUUGUAGUGACAAAUAUAUACAUUUAUUAUUUAUUAAUAUGAAAAAGUCAUACAAAUUAAAUGUUGAUUGUUGGUUUUACCAACUGUAUGGGCUUUCAUUUUUCAAGUCUCUACCCCCCUGCCAAGUCUCUGUUGCUAAACCACGCGAGAUUUGUACGGAAUGUUUUGAAAGACUCGUGAGCGAAAUGUUACAGGGUGAUAAAAUGGCGAAUUUCUUAUGUUUUGUUUAGAUUUUUUAGUUUCCUCCUGUUAUAAAUUGUUAAAUUUAUUAUUAGUGGAAUGGAAAUGGCUUGGAUGGAAGAGUAACAAGGCUGAAUUGUUAACAAGCGACAUGGGAUGACAAAAUGGCGCCGAAUUUGGACAAAGUUGUGGAUUUACCUUGUCGAAGGUUAAACAGGUAUGAUCUACUUGAAACCAAGUUGAAACUUGUUUAAAAUGUUCUUGAUACCAUUAUGUCUGAGAUGAUUUACAUUUUUUGUAGGAUAUCAACGAGAUCGACGAUAAACAGGGGAGUAAAGUGGAGAACUUGGCCAAAUACGUCCAUUUGCAGGAGGUAGGCACAUUUCAAAUUAUUAUUUCGGUCAGAAAAUAUUAACUAUUUUACACCAAACCAGUGAUAAUAUAUUUAAAUAAGUACCAUUUAUGUUUCUAUCAAAAAGAUUUAGGGAAAAAGGUAAUGUAAGUCCACUGCUGUUUAUCUGAAUUUGCAAGCCACAAAUUGACGUUUAACUAUGAUUAUUGCAUGGCCAUUUUCAUGUGAAAUAUUAGUGCUAGGCAUUUCACACUUACCAAUGACCACCCCAAUAGUACCAUCUCUGAACCAUGUAAGCACCUCAGAAUAGCCAAAGCUUUUAUGGUUUGGUAGAUAGCAGUAUGGCGAAAGCGUCGUUUUUGGGUGUGGUCAGUUUCGGACGUUUCGUCCCGGAUUGGGGUUCGGGCAGCGUUACCAUGUUGACCGUCAUGGUCAACUUGCCCUAAAACAGUUGAGAUUAUCUGUCCUAAAUGAAAUGCAUACAAACUCAUAUACAGGUCCUAGACUAUAGACAAAUAUGCCAAAACAAGUGAGGUAGGUAGCCGUAAAUCACAGGAAAAGUGUAAUACUGAGAACCACGAGACAGACAUGGCAAGUCACAACCUCGUACCCAGGGCAUUUUGCUUCCCCCUCAGCGAAAAUGGCCCUGGCAUCGGCCGGUGAUUUCUGCCAUCUGAUUGGCUAUUUGCGGAAAGUUAAUUAUGCAGCCAGAUUAUGAUUAUUCGUUUUUCCUUUUCGUGAAUUAUCGUAGUUCAACAUUCAAAAAGUCUCCUUUCAAACGCAUUUUGUUCCCAUACGAGCGUGUAAUACCAAAUAUUUGUAACCACAAAAGGCUGUAGAAGUGCUGUCCAUAAAGAACUAUUAUUCAUUGGAAAUUACAUGAGGAAAUUACAAAAGAACUGAAUGUUUAAUCAAUGUUUGUAAAUCGGAUAAAGAUUUGUCCUAGACAGUGUUUAUUGUUAAAAUUUUAUAUGUUUAUUUUUAACUAGUACUUAAAAAUACGUAGUUGUAAACUUUUUUGCCUUUAACUUUUAAGAUAUUGGUGCAAAAAAAAACGCCACAAAAGAUUUACCGAAGAGAAGAUACGAAUCACUCUGAACAUUGCAGACUUUGUGAAACCAAGACGGAAACUCGUCGUCUUGUUAGAAUUUUCUCAGCGGCUGGAAGUAAAAAAGAUUGGCAAACGAAAAUAUCUACAACUUAUGGUGUUAUUAUAGCUGAGGAAGACUACCUCCCAAAAGAUAUAUGUCGUAAGUGAGGAAUUUUUGUAGAGAAAAUGUUUGAAUUCAUUCAAACAUGUAAGUCAUCUCAAGUGACACUAACACAACACCUAUGGUAUGAAACGAGGAAAUGUUACAUCACCACCAUAUAAACAGCCUGCAAAACGUACAUGUAUUUUGUCAGAAUCUGAUGUUUGUAAAUUCACAAAAGAAGCUUGGAUUUUGUCCAGUCAAACCAGCAAGUGAUGAGUCAUCAUCGUCUGCACCAUCAGUCACUAGUCAAUGUAGAACUCAAAUUAAUAUAAAUGUUGAGAAUGCAUCAGUACCAUCGCAAGUGCAAUAUGUCUCUGUACAGAUCAUUGUACCAAGGUGCCCAUUGAAAUCGAACACACCAUCAGAAGUACCAGUUGCUAGGUUAACAUCUGUAUAUGUAUCCAGUUACCAUGCAUAUGUCACAACACCAUUGACAUCUAGUCAACAAGCAAAACUUGAACGAGCAACAAGAAAAAAGACACCGUCUGCGGUGGCACACAUCAUAACAAAAGAAUGUCCCUCUGUUGAAAUGGCAAUAAAAAGAAAUAUUUUGAAUGGAUGUAAUACUUCUUGUGAAAAAGUCUGCAGAAGACAAACUAGAUCUUCUGUGUUAUAUUCAAGUGGUGAACAGUUUGAAGCCAUGGAUGAUUUCAAUAUCAAUAAACUAUGGCUGGAAAUGAAAAUAACUCAACCUUUUCUUAUCGACUUGAUGAAUGCCACAACAGGAAAUCCAGUUGACAUUGACAACACAACUGAAGAAGUGAAGGUUAAAUAUUGCUUCAUUUACUCCAUUCUUAUGAAUAUGCGACGGCAUGAACUGAGUCUUUUUCAACGGAUAAACACAGUUCUUUUAAUUGAAGGUGGUUGUGGAAAACAG